AUGUCUAGAUUGAAAAGAAAAUUAGAAGAUUUGAAAAAAAUUGAUAAUAUUAUUAAAAAUAAUAUAUCAUUAGAAGAUGUUUUAAUGAAUUCUGAUAUUAUGCCUAGUAAAUGGGUUAACACUACAAGAAAACGUAAAGAAAUAGAAAAAAAAAGAAGAAAAAUUGAAAAGAAACGUAGAGAUGAAAAAAUAGAUAUUGUUGAAAAAUUGUUUGGUGAUGAAUUAUAUUAUAAACAAAAUAAAAAAAGGAAUGGUUCAACUUGGUGGAAUGGUUAUGAAAGACAAGAUGUUGUUUUAUUAGAUGAUUUUAAUAAGAAAGUUGGGUGGGAUAGUAUUGUGAAUAUAUUGAAUCAUACUGAAAAUAAAGUAGAGAUGAGAUAUGGUGGAUUUGAAUAUUUUAUUGCAAAAUAUGUAUUUAUGACUAGUACAAAACCACCUGAAAAAGCAUAUAAUUUUAAUGGUGAUAAACAAAAAUUUUUAAAUAUGGAAUGGGAUAUUAAAUAUAAUAAUGGUAGUUGUGAUAAUGAAGAAAUUAUUGAAAAGGGAAAGAUGUUUACUAAAAAUUUCGAUGGUAAACAUUUUGUCAAGAAUGGAAAAGCGUAUUGGCGACGUGAAUUUUUAGAGGAUAAAAAAGAAUAUUUACAGAAUUAUUUUAAUAAAUUUAAUUAA